AUGAAGUACGAUAAUUACACCAGAUAUGGAAUCCACGACAAAACUGAAAGGUAUCUUCUCUCUGCAUACACGUCCUUCAUUUUCCUAUCAUCCGUGAUAGGAGACACCCUCAUUCUCAUUGGCUCCAUGAGGUACAACGCUAUAAAACUCCACAAGAUCAUGGUGGUCUUCAUCCAGUACAUUGCUGUUGUUGAUUUGGUCAUCUCUAUUUUCAGAGUCCUGCCUGGUGCAGUUUCUCUCAUUGCUAAUGACUGGAUCUUUGGUGAUAUCUUUUGCUCUGCAAGUAUCUUCAUGACAGAACCUUUAGCAACUUUAGAACAACCUAACGAUGAUUUGAUUGACAAUGAAACAGAGGGAGAAACACCAUUUGAGUCAGCUGUGGAAGAAUUAACUGAUGGGCACGUAACAGAAUCACCUUCAACAGAAUCGCGGCCUUCAUCUUCUGGAGAAGAGAAACAAACCACAGAUGUUAAUCAGUGCAUAGAGGAGAUUGGAUUUGGGAGGUACCAAUGGAAGGUUAUACUUGUAAUGGGGAUGAUGUCUUUUGCAGACUCUUGUGAAAUAUGGCUCUCUUCCGUUAUCAUAAGUGGGGGCAUCGUUACUCGGUACAACUUUAUGAUGAAAACUUCUUUCGCAGAGAUGCUGGUAUGUGAAUGGAAUCUGAGUACAAUCGAGAUGGCACUCAUACCGUCGUGCGUCCUGUUUUUUUAUGCCAUAGGAAGCAUAAUUUCCGGAAAACUAGCUGAUAAAUUUGGGAGAUGGCCUAAUUUAUUGGCUGCAUACUACGUCAUCUGUGUGACCGGAACAGCCUCGGCUGUUGCUACUUCUUAUGUCAUGUUUAUCAUCUUCAGAUCUCUCACAGGGUUUGGUAUUGGAGCAAGCUAUGGUGUAUCAGUGGUCUAUGCACAAGAAUUUGUUCCCAAGGGGGACCGAGCCUUUACUGGUUUCCUUCUAAAUCUAAUGUGGGUAUUGGGUGGUAUCUACGAGUGUUUACUGGCCAUCGCAGUUAUGGGACUAGAGAAUGGUCAAGAAGAUAAGGCUUUCAUCGUUGUAAACAAGAUGUGUGAGGCUAAUGGAAAACCUCCAGUUGAGUGUCACCUUACAGUCAAGAAUGAAACUUGUGGAGAGUAUAUGGCCGUAUUCCAACAGCCUCAUACAAGAACAUCAGUGAUCCUGACGGUUCUUUUUAUCUGUAACAUGUGGACUUGCUAUGGUAUUCUGUUUCUAGUUCCUGACAUGAUGUCUCAUGGUUAUUGCUCAAUGUCAGAGUGGUUUGACGUUAUCUACAUCACUGAGAGUGGAUGUAUAAACUACACAAGGGCGGAGUACAUAUUCUUCUUGUGUAUAACAAUACUGGGAAUACCCGGCUACAUGAUAGGCCCCUGGACCUGUGACAAACUGGGUAGACUCAUAACAUUCUAUUACUCCACCUGGGGUGGUCUUGUUGGAACAUGUCUCUUACUCUUUUGUUUCGGGAGUAUCGUCAUCUACACUGAACUCUUCAUAGCCAUGACGUUUUACACUAUAUUCAAUGCUGUGUUGUGGAUAUACUCCCCGGAGUAUUAUCCAACGUAUAUUCGCUCUACAGCUGUUGGACUUAUCAACGGUAUAAGCAAAUUCGGAGCAGCGGCAGGAGUGUUAACAACUUUACUUCUGGACACAGUAAGUAUCGUCUACACAAUCUACACCUACAUCAUCAUCAUGUCUGUAGCGGCGCUGACAACUUUGGCCCUGAGAAAUGAGACUAGAGGAACCCUACUGAAAGAUGACAGAGACUCAGUCAGGGAAAAUUACCCUUCUCAUUAUGGAUCUGUAGACAAUAACGAACAAGGCCCUGAAAACUCUCCUGCGGUACCUGCUGGCCAGUGA